AGGGGGCAGAGCAGACGGAGUGUGGGCCAUGGUCCCCAGUGGUGACCAGCCCUGCCAUGGGAAACAAUAGUUCCCACAAAAGGACCAAAGCACCCAAGCAGGCCCACAAGGAGAGGCCAGCUGACAUGGACAAGGCCUGGUGGAAACAGUUUCUCAACCACCUCACUCGGAAGAAGCCGACUGCCAGGAUCGUGCUGAUCCUCCACCUGGACAAGCGACAGCCGCUGGCCAAGGCUGGGCGACCGAUUGACUACGCGUCGGGUGCCGGGCUGGGCUCCCCGGCGGCACCCAGGUUGCGCGGAGCGGGAGAAAGCUGCGAGCGCGAGCUGAAGAUGCCGGUGCUCCUGCUGCUGCUGCGGUCCCCGGGAAAACCUCCCAGCGAAGCCGGGCCUGCAGAGGAGCAGCCACGCAAACGGUGCCGCUGCCCUCGCCCGCAGCUCUAAGCGCUUGGCCCAGACCCCGCCCAAUAAAGAGUGCGUGGCAACCCUG